UUCACUCCGCCUUCAGACCGGUCGGAUCGGUUUUAGGUCGUCGUCGCGCGCGCACACGCAAGUCGCCUGCCGGUACAGACGCAAUCUUAUAAAUACAUUUUUUUAUUCUCCAACAUUAAAAACAUAAAAUUUAACCCUUCAUAGUUGGUGUCGAGUGAAACAGUGGAUGUCUUAUCAUCGACCACGGCUCCAGUGUCGCAUUUAUCGUCCGUAAAAUAAAGUGUUGUGUCAGAAUUUUGCACUGCAAGUUUUGCAUGUAAGAGAAUCCUGUGUUGUGCUUAGUUCGAGUGAAAUUUGUUUCUGUACAGCACGCGGUUCGGAUUAAGUCAAGUUCAUUGUGAGUUUUAUCUUGAUCACCGAAACUGGACAUGUGAGGGGGAUUCAGUAUGCUAGGGGUCACGUGACCGCAUGGCGUCCGAGGCGCGCUCGCGUUCCCCGCAAGAUGGCGCACGCAGGAGGCGGGAAAACACCAGGUCUCCGUACGUGACGCUGGGAGCGGUGCGGUACUCGGUGCGUCGUGUUCCGGCGCCGCGCGCCUGCCCGUGCCGCUGCUGCUCCGAGGAGGCGGUGGCGGCGUGCCUCGGCCGGGCCAAGCCCGACAGACGCACGCUGGAUCGCAUCCAACGCCACCUGGGCCGCGGCUCGCGAGACGAGCGGCCCUCGCGCCACCAGCGCCUCCAGGCGCUCACCGACCUGCUACGGCCGCGACCGCACCAGCCCCCGCCGCCGCCACCGCUUCCGCCACCACCGCACACUGCACCAGUACUGCCACCAGUACCGCCGCCGCGUUUGCGCCACAGACACAGCCCGCCGCGAGGAGCCUCCGUUGAUCGUUGCGACGAAUUCGAUGCAGACAACAUCACUUUGGUGCGCGUUGAACCUCGAUCUAUUGUAGGUUCAUACGCUCAGAAAACUAUACCGUAUCGCAGCGCGUCUUUUUCACAGGGUGACUUUGCACAAGAAAAAUAUUAUCGAGAGUCGAAGCGUCAGCCGUCUGCCUUCGAUUUCGGAAAAAGGACUAUAAAGGCAGCAAGUCCAAUCGUAGCGCGACUAGAUACAGAAUCUUCUAGUAACGCAACUGAUGAAAAUGUAACUGAAGAAGGAUCGAUAGCCUCAGUGGCAUCCGUUGACUCUGCAGUUGGAUCCGAUGAAGGACUUUUAACCCACGCGUCUGCAGCAGGUCGUUCACCACCUUUGGAUGGACCCCACAAAAUAUUAGGUGCACGGUCGCUAACCCAUCCUUUGCCGAGACGAAUACCACCUGUAAGAGAAGAAGGACCGUCAGAAGCUGGUGGAAGUCUGCCUGCGUUGAUGGCACCGCGUGUCUUACAUGAACUACGCGAAGAAAGUGAUGGAUCUCAAGCUGACAGUGCCCAAGCUCACAGUGAAGGAACUUCACCUUUGGAACCCAAUCAACCAUUUUCGUUCCCCCCUUUACCAGAUCCUCCAGCAAAUGCUUGUGCCAAUAUAGACUGUGAUUGUUCGCAAUUCCCUGUGACAGUUGAUAGCCACGGAAUUGACGUUGAAUCGAGUGAUAUUGCGAGUUCGAUACCAGUGCCGGUAUAUGAGUGUAUAGUGAAACAGUGGUCAAAGGAGUUACCUCAUGAAGAACUGCACCGUUCUGACGGCGCUUCGGACGGUUCGCUAGACAGAGACAAAGAAGAUGAAACGAUAACAAGUGAACAAGUUGCUAAUCUGCUCGCUGCUGUGCAAAAUCCUUGCACACCAGCCCCUAUAGGUGCUAGAGAAAGAAGAAGGCCUCUUGACAAAACGAAAAGGCGGAAAGGAAUUUAUAUAACAACACCAAGCGACGAGGGGGGAGAAGAAGAUCCACCUUCGUUGAACGGGUGUAAGCGCGAAAGCAGUGACGCAUCACUACAAGACAUGCGUUUAUCUGCCGAAACUAGAACAUCAUCAAUACUCGGUGAUAAAUCAGAUGAUUCGUUCACAAACGGACCACCGAGUCCGUCCGAUUCGAUGGCUCCGAUAUGGCCUCGCUCAGAGGAAGUUAAAUCGAGACGAGCUAGAUUUUACCAGCAAAGUUCUGAUGAGCGGGACGAUGACUCAUAUCAACCAAGACGAAAAUAUGGUGAUUCUCCGUCUACAGUGACACUUGUUCUCGUGAACGAUAGUGACAGUUGUUCUCGUGACCGAACUGCUUCACCUUCGGAUACUUCUGAUGUUGAAGCCAAACGACAGCAGUUUUGUCGUGGACCUUUUGGUAAAAAUUUAGAAGCUCCACCGAGUCGCUCAGUGGAAGUGGGUAGAAGAAGUUUUUCUGAUGCAACUGUUCCAAGUCGUAAAACAAGUGUUGGUGCUAUGUCAGUGGGGAGCAGGGGUCGUGGGCCUACACACGUUAGGGCAACCUCGUCACCAUCAAAACUGGCUGGCGUGAAACCAGGCACGGACUUGUUGGCUGAACUCCUCCGAGGGAGCUCCGAGGCGCUUUCCAACUCCUCAGCGUUCGACAACGUGAUCCUGACGCUACAUCAACACAAUGACACAAGGACACACGUCGUCGUCGAAUUAUACGAAACGGAGAAAUCGUAUGUGGAAGCCUUGGAGAUAUUAGUAAAGAAAUAUCUCCAGCCCCUAAAGAGUCCGGAGAACGCAGCCUUACUUGACGCGUAUCUUGUCGACGAAAUCUUCUAUCAAGUGCCGGCGAUCCUGAAUGUGCACCAAGUAUUUUUAGAGCAACUGAGGAGACGGUUAGAACAAUGGGAUCUGCAACAAAAAGUCGGAGAUGUCUUCUUGGAAGUCUUCACAAAACCAGCUGUAAUGGACACUUACAUGUCUUUCAUAAGCAACUUGAAGAAGGCAAAAGAAACUAUAAAAACUGCAGCAUCAUCACGACCUGCCUUCGCGAAGUUCCUAGACGCUAUGGCCAGGGACCACAAGGGAAAGUUGUCUUUGGACAAUUUACUAAUAAAACCCGUGCAAAAGUUCCCAAGCUACAAGCUGCUGAUACAAAGGCUGAUCAAACAUACUGAUCAAUCACACCCAGACCAUAAACUCUUGCUAGAGGCACAAAAACAAAUUCACGAUCUCCUAGAAUUUAUUAACUGCACCGAAAAAGAAAGUUUGGAAUAUGAAUUACAACAACAGACCCUUAGAGAUUUAGAACAGAUGAUCGAAGGUCUGUCUAACCUGGUAACCGCUGAUAGGCUGUUUAUAAAACACGAAAUGGUGACAAUGCCUUCAGCUCAAGGAACCAUCAAAGACAGAGCUCUAUUUCUCUUUAAUGAUACGCUCUUGAUAACCAGCGUGAAAAGAAGAACCGGUACUAUUAAGAAACCUAUGCCAACCUACCAAAGUACUAUAGCGAGUCAAAUGGAGGGGAACAAGUACAAACUGCUCAUGCGAAUGUCAUUGGCUGAUCUCGAUAUUAUAAAAGCUAAAGACGAAAACGUAAGGCGAAUAAUCAACGAAGUAGAGAAACUAAGGGAAGACGUGAACACACUGACUCUGAUAUCAGAUCACGUGGCAGCGCUGCACACCCAGCACGCGCAGCUUGAGGAACUCGUCCGGGACAUGUUGCAUUCGUUGAACCGCCAACUAUCGGAGCGUCAGAACAGCGACGGCCAGUUGUGUUGCAUGGAAAUCACGUUGAACACCGCUAAUGGCCCGGAAAAUCUUACUAUAAUAUUUUCUAAGCCUGACAAGAGAAAUCAAUGGGAAGAAAUCAUCAAUGAUGUCAAGCAAAAACUAUGUUUGUAUGGCCACGAGCGGCCACCACCAGAGUUCCUAUCACCUGUGCCGAUCAGGAAGACCAGAGCUGGUCUCCAGUUUACGUGUGCAGCACCCACCUUGCCGCCGCCAGGUCAAUCUCCAGAUGUCUGGGUGUGCAACAGUGACGGCUACGUCGGCCAAGUCUGCGUUUUGACCCUGACCCCGAAACUGGAGGUCACUUCAUGCAACGGAGUGUGCAACGCUCGGAUCCUGUGCGUGGCCUGCGUGCCUCCCGCACCAGCACUCACCAGGCAGCAGACCGUGGAUGUACCGAGCACAAGUUCGCUGAGCAGCACCAGCUCUGUGAAGCCGGGUAUCAGCAUUUCCGACCCGGAUGACAGUUGCAAGAAUGUCCGGCUAGACAGCUCAUCAUCAAGCGACGAAGAAGACGACGGGUCCUCCAGCGAGACCCAGGACGCGCAGUCGGAGCGCAGCCAGGACUCAGCACGGCUGCUGCACUGCCUCGCGCGGACCCUCACCCCAAGCCACAGCAAGAGCCUCAGCACCCCACACACUGGACAGAACAUACAGGUCCACCCAGUCAUGAAGAGCAGCUCCAACCCGGCAGUCGACAAGCAGGCCAUGGGUAUUAGCGCCGGUACUCUAUCAUCUCCAGCCAGUCGUCAGUCUUCAGAAGACAAUGCAACAACUGCUAACCAGCCCACAAUGUGGCUGGGCACUGAGGAUGGUUGCAUCCACGUAUACAAUUGCAUGGACAAUAUCAGAAUCAAAAAGAAUAAAGUCAAGUUGCAACACAAUUCAGGGGUUCAUUCCAUAGUAUUCGUGGAGGGGAAGGUGUUUGUGGCACUAGGAAAUGGUGAUCUCGUGGUGUAUUGUCGGGACAUUGAUGGAUCUUGGACUGAACGUAGCACUAUCAGCGUUGGUACCGGCAGCACUCCGGUGAGCAGCAUGUUGCUCUCGGGAGGGAAGCUUUGGUGCGCGACCCACGCCUCGAUCAAGAUCAUCAAUCCUCACACAUUACAGGUGGACGAAACAUUCCAAAUAAGUUCAGAAACGAAGCCAAUAAGCCACAUGGCGGUCGCGGGCGUCACCAUAUGGCUCUCGCUGCACAACGCGGCGCAACUGCGCUGCUACAAUACGAACACUCGCGAGCAGCUCGCCGAGAUCAACAUCACUCCGCAAGUCAGCAAGAUGUUGCACGGCUGCGAUGACAUAAUACGUCAGCACAAGGCGGCGUGUCUCCGCGUGACGGCGCUGCUCGCUCACCGGGACAUGCUCUGGGUGGGCACCAGCGCCGGCGUGCUGCUGACCGCGCCACUACUGAACGCACCCAACGCGCGGACCGGGGUCUUCACUGUUCCACAACUAACAGGCGUCACCUACGGCCACACAGGGCACGUAAGAUUUUUGACGAUAGUCGAAAAUCCGGUAUCGACGAAGCAGCCGCCAAAGUCCACGCAGACCUCAUUAAAGACGAAAGCGUUGAGCCGACGCUCGGCCAACGCGGAGAAGCUCCAGAAACAAGCUGAAACCGGUCAAACCAACAAAGAGACCCUCGUUAUCUCCGGAGGGGACGGCUACGAAGAUUUCAGGAGUUCGACGAUGACCGAGGACGCCGGGAGGGAGGACUCCACCAACCAUCUCCUUCUCUGGAGGGUCUGAACGAAUUUCACGGCCUACAGGGUUCUGUAAUGACGCGACGCAGAGAAACGCUGAGAGAUUUGAAGCCGAAUGUCCGGCGCGCAAUUCUAUUAAACAAACCCGCGCGACCGCUUCGAGGAAUCAGCUUUUUUUUUUCCUACCUAAUCUGAUAGCCUGGAGAGGCUAUUUCAGCGUAACCUUAACUAGUAGGUGAGCUGACGGGGCUCAAAUCGAAGUGAUGCAAACACUGGCCCUAGCAAGAGCAGUGUUUCGCAGAAUCUACCACCGGAUCGGACACUCGACCCACUGAGAAGAUUCAGCGAGAAACUCAGUGGGCUAUGUCUAUGGGUUAAUUUACUCGUCGAGCCCUUCGUCACAAGCGACGGGUUCGACGAGGACGGUGACCAGUGCUUGUGGUACCUAAAAGCACCGUUAAUGGAUCGGGAGGAUCCGUAAUGACGUGUUUUGGGCGACAUCGACUGUUUACCAUUCGGUCUACAGGAUCGGGUAGGAAUCAGCGCUGUUGCACUUUCGACACGGUUUUUGUUUGGACGCGGCGGCGCACGCUAUGUCGUGUUUAGCAGAAUUGCGCGACCGGCGUCACGGCUGCAAGUAAAGGAGCCUAACUUAUAACUUAACUGUGUUUUUGUUGAUGAAUGUUUAGUAUUCCAGCUUCUGAGUGUCGAUGUGUACGCUAAUUUAAAAAUUGUUGUAUUAAAUAUAAAUGAGUGUUGCGCUUAAACGCGUAACUGAGAUUAUUAAAAGUUAGUUAAGGCAUUAAAUGUCAUAUUUUAUCACUAUCAGAAUUUGUUGAAAGGAAAUCUGAACAUCGUGCAGUAUUAUUAUUAAAGAAAAUUUUUAAAAUCGUUUAUCAUUGCGGCCCAAGUUCGGCCGGUUACGUAUCUUAGACGUUUAUAGUAUUCAAAAUGUUUUUAGAGUCGUUUACAUGUCUAUUCAUAUCAAAGGCAUAGAGUUUUGUGUCUAUAAUGUAAUUAAAUGUGAAAUCGUAGUAUUAUAACAGGAGUAUUGAAAUAAAGAAAAUUUAUUUACCUAAAGUGUUUGUUAGGUAGCUGAAAUUGUUCGCUAAUUUCGUCUUAAUAUAGCUUCGAUUUGACGAUGGAAGUCGGUGUUUAGAAGCUUAACAUUUCCAAUUUCCGCUGUAAAUUCAAAGGGCUCUAAUUAAAAUUUUCCGUCGUAUCGAAAUAGUUGAAGUUGUUGAAGUUCAAUUCACCAGAUAGCGUAUCGAGGUGAGCAGUCAAAAACUGUUCGAAACGCGACCAUAAGCCGUGAGGCAACUUAAAAACUUAGAUAUAGAACGUAGGUGUAUAAAAAUUAUUCAAAAUCUGUGUAUCCUAUGUGAACAUUUACUAGAGAAAACCGUCAUUGUGAUUGCUCAAGAAAUAAUAAACGUUACCUGAUCCGACAUAUUGGUUAGAGCUAAUCAUUGAAUAAAGUGGUUUUUAAUAGUGUAUGUAGCCUGUUACACGUUAUGUCUAAUGAAGCAGAAUAAAUAAAUGAUCACACUAA